GCAUAAGAUCAUACUUCCGACGAUGUUGUACGAAGUGAUAGCGACCGUACGGCCGCACAGCAUUGCCGAAGUCAAGGACAUUGCGCGCACCGCCGGCAACCUGAUCCUCCAGAAUGGCGGUGUCAUCCGCGGCUUCACAAAUUGGGGCGUGAUGGCGCUUCCCAAACCGCUGCCCAACAGGUCCGCUUCGAUUUCUAACAGCUCGAACCGCACGGCGGAUCCGUAUUCCGCAAACCUGAGCAACAAGCACACCAUUGGGCAUUACUUUAUCAUGCGCUUCGACAGCUCGGCGCAUGCACAGCACACGCUUCGAAAGACGUGGGCCGGCGAUCCACGGCUUCUUCGUUUCAGCGUUGUGAAGUUGGGGGAUACGCUCAAGGCCAUCAGUGACGUGGGAGGCAAGGCAGAAGAGUGGGCGCAUGUCGAAGGGAAUGAAGGCAGCACAGGAAUCAGUUUCUCAGAGGAACAGCGGCUCACAGUCGACGAGGGGAUAAGAAACGCGACAGAGGGGACGACCAUGAAGAGGAUUGAUUACUCUGCUUUUGCGAAUGCGGCGAGAGGACUGUGAUUGAGUUGAUUCAACGUUAAAACAUGCGCCAGCUGUAUUAUAAGAGCAUUGGGAGGCGUUGAGGUGGUAUGCAGAAACCCAUGACGGACGUACACUUCUGCAUCGGCAGUCGGGAAUCUCUACAUGGAUCACUUGCUGGUCAUGUCUGGGCCAAGGACUAUCAAUCAUGAGGCUCUUGUCUAUUGAGCUGCAUGUUCUCUACUGAUGUACCCUCUUUGCUGCUCACUCAAACUCAAAGAUGAACUUUUUGCUGAUCCACACUCGCCAUGCUCAAAAGAACGUGUCCUAAUUAUCAAACGAGCAGUUAGUCUCUCAGAAAUGUCCCUACUAGCUUCAUGAAGUGCUCUCUUUCCUCCAA